CUGAAGCAAGGAUAUGCAUAUUCUUGGUAUCAUUUGAAAGGAAACACUUUGAAGUUUGUGGAAAUGUGAAAGGGGUGUAGGAGAAUAUAACACAAUAGAUCUAGUAAAAGAUAAUACAAAGAAAAAAAAAUGUUCUUAUGUAUUUUUUUUUUUGUACCAUCACCUUCGAAAUGCAAGAGAAAGGCCAUAAUGUAUUAUUCCAGCCCAGGUGCAAUUUAGAUUUUGGCCACUAGAUGACAGCAGUAUAUGUGCAAAGUUUUAGACUGAUCCAAUGAACCAUUAUAUUUCUGUUCAAAAUGUUGUAUCAAGACUACCCAAAUGUGCCUAAUUUGUUUAUUAAUAACUUUUCAUGUUCAAAACUGUGCACUCUCCUCAAACAAUAGCAUGGUAUUCUUUCACUUUAGUAGCUACUGUAAAUUGGACAGUUCAGUUAGAUUAACAAGAAUUUAACCUUUCUGACAAUAUCAGAUAUGUCUAUGUCCUGGGAAAUAUUCUUGUUACUUACAACCUCAUGCUAAUCGCACUAGCCUGCGUUAGCUCAACCGUCCUGUGGAAGGGACACCUGAUCCCGAAGAAGUUUUUAAAUUCCAAACCUAAUAGCAACAUUUUCUUUGGUAUGACCUUCCUAAAAUAAUUCCACAUAGCUUAAUCGAACCCUGUUCUGAGCCGACUUCGCCAUCCACUCAAAAGGGGCAUUUGGUUCACACCCGGGGAAGCAGCCCAAUUACAAAACGAAGGCAAUAAUUUUCACAUUUUUCAGAGAAACAACAUGUCAGCAACCUGUGAGCAGGCAAAGAGCUGCAUUUCCAGGCUGGCCCAGGGUGUCAAAAUCGCAUUAACCGUUCUGGCAAGCUAUACCAGUUGCACUUAAAAAGUCUCUAACAUAGGUCAAGCGUAUUAACACAGAUAGCACAACAUAUCUAUGCGUAUCAUGGUAUCCAAUUAAUUUGUUAUACUGGCAUAAGUGGUAUAAGAAUAGUCUAACCAACAUUUCUGUCAAAUUAAAUCAAACCAAUAUAUUGUUGUACACAAUAGAUGGUUCAAAGGAGAAGCGAUCCCUCAAAAGUGUUGUUUUAUUGACAACUUAAAAAGUGCCUUUGCCUCCACGUCUUUUUCUAAAGUGAAAGUUGGUUAUAACUAGUAUAACUAGCUACUAGUCUAAAGCUCAUGCCUCAGUUUAUUUUUUAGUCAUGAGCCUUUAAUGAAAUAUGACGCACACAGCACAUUGCCUACAGUAAUUUUCCACUGAAUUGUACUGUCGUCUCAAGCUCUUCCGUGUUCAGUCAAGAAGAAAAUAACAAAUACUUGUCAAGACACUUCUUACGCAACAGCCCAAAAGAAGCAAUUCAAACGUUGUUUUUUGUUUUGUUGGUAAAUUGCCUUUACAUUUCUUACAGACUACAUUUGAAUCUGUCAUCGGGGAAUCAUCACAUCAAUGGGGUAAAGAUAUUUCAAUUAUAAAAAUGUUGUUGAAGAAGAUAAAGACUGAGUUUCUUCUCUGUGAGAGGGGAAAAGAAGAUGCUGUAGAAUUCCUCUGCCAAAUCAAAGAGAUUGUGUCAAAACAUCGCAACAGCAAGAUUCCUCUUGCAAAGCCGAAAAGUUACGAGUUGAGAAUCGGUGGUCUGGAGGACACUGUCCACGCUGGAGAUGGUGAACAGUUAGAAGUUUGGAAAGACUGCUACCUUCCAGAGAGAAUGGAGAUGGUGGUCAUUGGUGCCCUGGAUGACUUCCGAUGUUCGGCAGCAGGAUGGCAGCUGGUUCUCCUGUUAUGUGAAGAUGGCAAUGUCUAUGCCUACGAGUUUGAAGUUCUACACCUGGUUGCCAGAAGCUUGGAGGAUCUCUUUAAGUCUGGAGCGGAGUUCCCAGGACUGGAGAAAUUCAGAUUUGGAGAAUGCUUUGAGGAAUUGACUGAGGAAGAGAUGGAGAAAGAGAUGCAAUGUGAUGAAAUAAAGAAAAUCGAUGACGAGCAUAUUCAGUUCCGAAGAAGAUUGGAGAUUGAGAUGCUGGAGGAUCUCAAAGCAAUCAAGCAAUCUGAGACGAUCGUGACAGAACUACCCACCACCAAAGGACCAAGCAGCGUGGAAGAGAGGACUGGACAUGGGAGGACAUUCUGGACGGCAAGGGAUCCUACACCCAGGGAGGAGAUCCUGGCUGGUAGGGAUCGCCUCCCAUGGGAACAGUUGGAGACAGCCAGGAGAGCGGAGGCAGCAGGAGAAAGGAACCAGCGGUAUGAGGGAACAAGGCUGGCAAGGAAGCCCGAGAGGCAGCCCCAAAAACGAGGAUAUUGGCGGAGUCAGGUAGGAGACCUGAGCCAACUCCCCCGUGCUUACGGUGACGAGCUUGUGACUGGUCAGGCCCCGCGCUAUAGGGGUGAUGCGCACGGUGUCCUCAGUGCGCACUCAUAGCCCGGUGCGCUAUAUCCCAGCUCCUCGCAUCGGCCGGGAUAGAGUGGGCAUCGAGCCAGGACGGAAUGUGCCAGCCCUGCUCUCCAGACCUCCAGGACAUCUCCUCGGCCUGGGUUAGCCCUACGCACAGUGUCCCCGGUUCGCCAGCACAGCCCAGUGCAGCCUGCUCCAGCUCCCCGGACUUGCCGGGCUACAGGGGGUAUCCAGCCAGGACGAGUUGUGCUAGUGUCACACCCUGGCCUUGUUAUCUUUGUUUUCUUUAUUAUUUUAGUUAGGCCUCCAGUGAUGAUCCAUGGCACGAAGCCUCCAGUGAUGAUCCAUGGCACAAAAGCACAUGAUGUCUAUACAUCAGUAAUGACACAGUGCACAUCAGGGACAAAUAUACCCUUAACCUUUUGUAAGAGUGAGAAGGCUGUUUAGUCAGUAAUAGGUAUAAUAUUAUGUAUCAGUUGGGGCAUCAGUGGAGCACCAGUACCUUUCCCAGAGAAGUACAGAAAAUUACCAAGACAAGUCAGACAGAAACUCAGGGGAAGUUGUGGAUCACACAUUUUCAGCGUAUUCGACUAUGAUACUAUUCAUGUUUUCAUACAGUAUUUUUUUACAGUAUCUUUCAUACAGUAUUUGGUUUCAUUUGAACUGCCUGUUCUGGAUUCUGUAAAUGAGUCCAGUACAACACGGAAUAACAACUUCCUCAUACUUACAGAUGAGAAAUGUUACUGGUAUGGCCCAACAAAAAAAGUGUCCAUGUCAUCAAGGUUUUUUUGUCUGAAGCCAUUUGGGCUCCCGAGUGGCGCAGUGUUUUAAGGCACUACAUCUCAGUGAAUGAGGUAUCACUACAGUCAGUUCCUGGUUCAAAUCCAGGCUGUAUCACAUCUGGCCAUGAUUGGGAAUCCCAAAGGGUGGCACACAAUUGGCCCAGCAUUGUCUGGGGUAGGCUGUCAUUGUAAAUAAGAAUGUGUUCUUAACUGACUUGCCUAGAAAAUAAAGGUAAAAAAACACCUAAUAGUUAUUGAGCAAAAUGGAACAAUAAAGAGACAUUAUUAACAUCAGGUAGAGUUGAUAUGGUUAUAAGAGGAUAUAUUAUAUUAACACAAACAAGUGAGAAGAUUGAAACAGUUGGGCUUAUCACAUUGAUGUUGUAAAUGUUAUACGGUUGCAUCCAAUAUGCCAUCAGUUAAUGUAAUAAAGUUCAUCUUGACAGAAUAA